CAGUGGAACUCCGAAGUCGCGCCCGGACCUUGGCCCUGACGGUCGCAGUUCCCGGCGUGAUUCGGCCCGCUGUCCUCCGCCGCCACCCGCUGUCCUUCGCCUCCACCCGCUGUCCUCCGCGUCCAGCCCUUGGCGCCGGCAUGACGGGCUCGCUUUUCAAGGCAAACUUCUGGAACACGGACUUUCUCAGCACUAUCGGCUAUGACAGCAUCAUCCAGCACCUGAACAAUGGCCGCAAGAACUGCAAGGAAUUUGAGGAUUUUUUAAAAGAACGGGCAGCAAUUGAAGAAAAAUAUGGUAAAGACCUGUUGAAUCUCUCCAGGAAGAAGCCAUGUGGACAGUCCGAGAUCAAUACCUUGAAGAGAGCCCUCGAGGUCUUCAAGCAGCAGGUAGACAAUGUGGCCCAGUGUCACAUCCAGCUUGCGCAGACUCUAAGAGAAGAGGCCAAGAGGAUGGAAGAAUUCAGGGAAAAGCAAAAACUACAGCGGAAAAAGACAGAAACUAUAAUGGAUGCUGUCCACAAACAGAAGAACUCACAAUACAAGAAGACCAUGGAUGCCAAGAAGACUUAUGAGCAGAAGUGCCGGGACAAGGACGAGGCGGAGCAGGCUGUCCAGCGCAGUGCCAAUGUGGCCAACCCAAAGCAACAAGAGAAGCUUUUUGUGAAACUGGCAACGUCAAAGACCGCAGUAGAGGAUUCAGAUAAAACCUACAUGCAGCAAAUCAACACGCUGGAGAAGGCCCGAGAAGCCUGGCAGAGCGAGCACGUUAAGGCUUGCGAGGUGUUUGAGGCUCAAGAAUGUGAGCGCAUCAACUUCUUCCGGAAUGCGUUGUGGUUGCAUCUGAAUCAGCUGUCACAGCAAUGUGUCACCAGUGAUGACAUGUAUGAACAAGUCCGUAAGAGUUUGGAACUGUGCAGCAUUGAAAAGGAUAUUCAGUAUUUUGUGAACCAGCGUAAAACUGGACAUACCCCACCAGCGCCCAUCAUGUAUGAGAAUUUCUACUCUUCUCAGCGGAAUGCAGCCCCACAGGGAAAGACUACAGGGUCCAAUGUAGCAAGGAGAGGACCUCUCCCAGUUCCUAAACAUCUACCAGAAGACCCAGAUUACUCCUUGGUGGAGGACUACACCUUGCUCUAUCAGUAGCGCCAGUGGCGAAAAGAAAGCUUUCUCCAGUUACUGCUUCUAUGGCGUGAAAAGAGGCCCUGAGAGCAAUACAAUUCAUAACCAGAUUGUGUCCAUCAUGAAGACUUGGAUGUGAACUCUUGUUGAAAAAUUUUUGAUGUUUUAAAUUUGUAGUAAACAUUGACUCAACCUAGCCAAGUAGAGUUCUGCAGAGCUCUUUUUUUUCUUCUCAGAAAGUUUACAUACUGCCCCAGAAGGAAGAAUUAUUAUUUCUUGUUUAGUUGCUAAGAUUAUGAGUGUUGUUUUCUAUCUGGGAAGCAAGGUCACUAUGGAUUCUGAGUGUUGGCUUGAGCAGGCAGGUCUGCAGAAGAUGGCGUGAGCGGCGGAAGAUGGUGUGAGCUGCGGAAAGAUGUUCUUUGGGCUGUGGGAAGUAGGGGCAUGGAAACAGCGAAACCUUCUCUCGAUGGUGCAAUAUUUAAAAUCACCUUUGUUUUUGGCUGGAAGCCUUAGAUGUGUACGAUUGGUCUUGCUCAUUUUACAAACAGGGAAACCAGCAGGGUAAGAUCAGGUUCCUUACAAUUCUGACAGCCUUACAAAUUCUGUGAGUUUGUUCUCUGGUACAAUUUCUCUAGCCCUGGGUGAGGCUGCCAGGCUUGUGCUCAAGUUAAAGGAGUGCUGGCACGUUGUUGGAUCAGGGAUCACGGUGCUUGUGCAAGCCUGAGGACCUGAGCGCUGUCACUGGCACUCACACAAAGGUGGAAGGUGACAUCUCACUCCAUUGUUGGCCUCUGGCUUCCACGCGUGGGUUGUGGCACAUACAUAGCUGUGAUUGACACGCAUGCACUUUAGCCUCCACAUAUGUGCUGUAGCACACACGUGCCUGUGAUUGACAUGCAUGGGCCCCGAUGUAUCCCUUGCUGUGCUCUGGAACAUUUAAAGAGGCAUUCUUUAUUUGUCUCUUCCUUUUGUCAGCCCCACACAUCAGGGAGGUCAUGCACUGUUUAUGUGAUAUUCACACCUGGGAAAAUGGCACACUGGUACUGGUUAUGACAACGUGUGUUAGCACUGUGUCUUAUGGGGCAUGUUGUAAGUGUCUGUCUCACUGCAAAGAGCAAACGUGUUCCUCACCUCUGCAGUCGCUCUCCCAGGACUUUGUUGCAUUGAUUAAAGUAAGAUUGAAAGCGGGCAUGGAGGUGCCUGCCUGUGAUCACAGCAUGCUGGAGGCUGGGACAGGAAGAUUGAGUUUGAGAUCAGCCUGUGUACACAGUGAGAACCUGUCUCAACCUCUACCUGCACAAAAAGAUCCAUUAUUUCCCCCCUUUCGAUAUAAGAUGCUCCCAGCGGUGGCCACUCCUUGUCAUGGCAGGAAAUUUGCAUCACUUGGGCAUCCUUUUGAGAAACUCAGGUUUGCAAAGGUCCAUUGACUUCCCCAAACUGGAAAGCCUCAGGAAAUUGUCUAUUGCACAUAGAACUUUCUGUUUUUAAGUGUAUUAUUUAUUGUUGGCAAGUCCUCAAUGAUUUGUGUUUUCUGUCAAUCAGAUUAAUUGAUGUAAACGUGUUUCAUGAAUGUCAAAUGAUAUUUUAAUUUUAUUGCUUUUUUGUCUGCUUGACAUGAAGUAAAAUAAAAGUUCCUGUUGAUUUGGGA